CCCGAUGAAGCGAAACCCCCGAAGCGAGCGAAGAAAGGUUGACAUGUCAGCGGCAGCAGAGGGCGGGGAGGCCUAGAAGACCCAAACCGUGGUCGGCCUCGUCCCCCUUCUUCUUCCUCCUUCCUCCUCCUCGCUUUCUUCUCCGGCUCCCACGCCACCGAUUCCUCUUCCACCUUGCGCAACGCGACGCAGGGCGGGGAGAAAGGUGCGCCUGCGCGAGCGCGACCAUUUCUGCCUCUCGUCUCGUCUCGUCCCUGCCGUCUCCACCUAACCUAACGCCCACCUAAUCGCCUCGUCAAACGCCCGCGAGGAUCCAAGAAAAGGAGUGGUUUCUUUCUUUCUUUCCCCCCUCUCUCUCUGUCCGAGGGAUUGGGGGCCGAGGAAACAGGGGGGUUGGUUUUGGGUGGUUCUUGGUUGCGGAGAGGCCAUGGACGCGCCGCCGGCGUCGUCGGCCUCGUCGCCCGUGGAGUUCCUGCUCCGGCGCCCGCCGCCGCGCCGGAGGAGGCUGCCGCUGGCGGGCGCCUUCUUCGCGCCCCCGGGCCUCGCGGGCGCGCCGCUGCUACGAGCGCUGGCGUCGCUGGCCGCCGGGCUGCUCGCGGCGCCGCGCCCGCCGUCGCAGCCGCGGAACCUCGCGGCGCUCGCGCGCCGCCUCGCCCUGCUGUCCGCGCUCCUCGAGUCCAUCCUCCUCGACGCGCCGGGCUGCUUCUCCGACGCCGCCAACCUCUGCUUCCGCGAGCUCUACGUCAUCCUCUUCCGCGCCGAGCUGCUCGUCUCCUACGUCGCCUCCGCCGGCCGCGCGUGGGCGCUGCUCCGGGGGGCCCACCUCGCCGCCUCCUUCCGUGACCUCGACGCCGAGCUCGCCGUCGUCCUCGACGUCCUCCCCGCCUCCGAGCUCUCUCUCUCGCACGACGCGACCGGCCAUCUCGAGCUCCUCCGGGCCCAGUGCCGCCGCCGCGCGCCCGCUCAGUACCACGACCCCGACGAGGCUGUGCUCCGCGAACGCCUCCUCGCCGCCCUCCGCCAGUUCGAGCACGGCCUGCCGCCUGAUCCCUCCCCGCUCAAAGCGCUCCUCUCCGACAUCGGCAUCUCCGACGCCGCGUCUUGCCAAGCUGAAAUCGAGUACCUCGAGGAGCAAAUCUUGAGUCAAGAAGAGGAUACCGAUCUCCUGCUCGUCGGUGGUGUCCUCGCCUUGCUCCGGUACAGCCUCUUCUCCCUCUUCGACCCUGCCAAAGCAAGGGCCGCCCGAUGUUGGCCGUCAGCGGGCAACGGGCAGCGACUGCUGUCGUGGGGCGGCGGCAGCGAUGACAGCUCCUUCUCCUUCUCCGUGCCUAAGGAGUUCUCCUGCCCGAUUUCUUUGGAUUUGAUGCGCGAUCCUGUGGUGGCUUCCACCGGGCAGACUUAUGACAGGCCAUCAAUCAUACAGUGGAUCGGUGAGGGGCAUUCCACCUGCCCGAAUUCUGGACAGGCACUGGCGGACAACCGCCUUGUGCCCAAUCGUGCACUCCGCAGCUUGAUUUCGCAGUGGUGUGGGAUGUAUUGCUUCCAGUAUGAUUCACCAGAGAGCAAUGAGGGGAUGGCAGACUCUGUCGCCACAGCCUGCAGCAGCAAGGCGGCAAUUGAGGCAAAUAAGGCCACUGCUAGGAUUUUGGUCAGAAUGCUGGUGGAAAGUUCAGAUAGCUCGAAGGCAGUCGCUGCUAAGGAAAUUAGGAUGCUGGCGAAGGCUGGAAAGCAAAACAGAUCGUUCAUCGCUGAGCUGGGUGCAAUCCCGUCGCUCUGCAGGUUGCUGCUGUCAUCUGAUCUGAUGGCACAGGAGAAUGCAGUGACAGCGCUACUCAAUCUGUCGAUAUAUGAGCCUAACAAAACACGGAUUAUGGAACAGGAGGGUUGCUUGCGGCUUAUUGUCAGUGUGUUGCAGAAUGGGUGGACUACAGAGGCCAAGGAGAAUGCAGCAGCAACGCUGUUUAGUCUUUCUGUUGUCCAUGAUUACAAGAAGAUGAUCAUGAAUGAGCCAGGGGCUCUGGAGGAGCUGGCUCGUAUGCUAAAGAAAGGGACGCCAAGAGGGAAGAAAGAUGCAGUGAUGGCGCUUUUCAACCUCUCAACGCAUCCAGAAAGCUCAGUCCGGAUGCUUGAGUCAUGUGCAGUUGUAGCUUUAAUUGAGUCACUUAGGAAUGACACCGUAUCGGAGGAAGCUGCUGGUGCUCUGGCUCUGCUGAUGAAGCAGCCUUCCGUUGUGCAUCUUGUUGGGAGCUCUGAAACUGUGAUCACUAGCCUCGUUGGAUUAAUGAGGCGGGGAACUCCAAAGGGCAAGGAGAAUGCAGUGUCCGCUUUAUAUGAGAUAUGCCGUCGUGGUGGCUCAACAUUGAUGCGGAGAGUAGUGAAGAUACCGGGGUUUAAUACAGUAAUGCAGAACAUCACACUCACGGGAACAAAGCGCGCGAAGAAGAAAGUGGGCUUGAUUGUGAAGAUGUGCCAGAGAGGCCAAAUACCGUCAGCAAUGUCGAUAGGGGCUAACUUGAGAACAGCUGAUCGUUCUUUGGUAGCGAACAGCUCAUUGAGGCGUGCUGCGAGCUUUGGCAGUGGAGAGUUAUCAAACCCGAUUUCAAUAUCAGUACCGGUGCCCUAGGUGGAAGCUUUCAAUCUGGCAUCCCCGUAUAUUGUUACAUCUGGCGAGUUUUGUCUCAAAAUUCUUUCAUUUCUUGCCCAAAAUGAAGGUAUACAAAAUUUAAUCGAAAGGAAUUAAUACUUGCAAUAUGGCACGCGCGUCUGUGUUUGUGCGUGGGAAAUGUGGAUAACAGUGCACAUAUAUGAUAGAUGUACAUGUAGAGCUCCAGCUUGAUGUUUGGUUUGCAAGCUUGGAAAUUGUUCAAUUUUUGGAAAACACUAUGCUACUUGCUGUAAACUAUUCUAAAACAUAAUUAGUAGCUUGUGUUAAGGUGACAAUGUAAGGAAAUGAUAAAAUCAUUUCACUGACGGGAUUGUAAUAUAAGUUGUAAUAGAGGCUUGCACAUUGGCAAUGAAAAAGAAAGAAACUUGAAUGUCAAGUUGCUUAGUAGAA